CCCCCCCCCCCCCCCGUCGUUUGGCUUUGGUGUGAAAUUGUGAACUGAGCCCUAUUAUCUCCUUUUUUUUCCUUUUUGUGCAGCAGUGAAGCAACAUGUGUCUGGCCAACAAAGAAGAAUUCAUCUGCUUGGGUAUUAAUCCGUGCAACCCUGUUGGACGCCUAGGGCCAGAAGUGGCAGUUUGGAGCACGUUCUGGUAUAUCGCCGAGGAGCUUUCUAUCCUUUCUCUCAGGUGACACCCUGGAUUCCCGCGAGAAGAACCGAUGACUAAAUCGCAUCCCGACAUGGCUUACAGAGGAGUGGGCGGACACGGACAGGUCCUCUCUUCCGAUCACUUCCAUGUAAACUGUGGAACUCGUCCAGCGUGCAGACCCCCGAUGCAUAGCAUAUGCAUGGUAUCCGACUUCUUUUAUCCAAAUAUGGGAGGAGUGGAAAGUCACAUCUACCAGCUGUCUCAGUGCCUGAUUGAAAGAGGCCACAAAGUCAUCGUCGUCACCCAUGCGUACGGCAACAGGAAAGGCGUCCGUUACCUGACCAGUGGCCUCAAAGUGUAUUAUUUGCCUCUGAAGGUUAUGUACAAUCAGUCGACGGCCACAACCCUCUUUCACAGUCUGCCUCUUCUCAGGUACAUAUUUGUUCGAGAGAGAAUCACCAUAAUCCAUUCACAUAGUUCUUUUUCUGCCAUGGCCCACGAUGCACUCUUCCACGCCAAGACCAUGGGGCUACAGACAGUCUUCACGGACCAUUCUCUUUUUGGAUUUGCCGAUGUCAGCUCGGUGCUUACUAACAAACUUCUAACCGUGUCACUCUGUGACACAAACCAUAUAAUCUGUGUCUCUUAUACUAGCAAAGAAAACACUGUCCUAAGAGCAGCACUGAAUCCAGAGAUAGUGUCGGUCAUCCCCAAUGCCGUAGACCCCACCGACUUCACUCCAGAUCCGUUUAGGAGAGACGAUAGUGUAAUAACUAUUGUUGUGAUCAGCAGGCUUGUUUACAGAAAAGGGAUUGAUUUGCUUAGCGGGAUAAUUCCUGAACUGUGUCAGAAAUAUCCAGAUUUACAUUUCAUUGUUGGAGGAGAAGGGCCAAAGAGAAUUGUUUUGGAAGAAGUUCGAGAAAGAUACCAACUGCAUGACAGAGUGCGACUCCUGGGAGCCUUGGAGCACCAGGACGUUAGAAAUGUCUUGGUUCAGGGACAUAUUUUUCUCAACACUUCUCUUACGGAGGCCUUCUGUAUGGCGAUUGUCGAAGCUGCUAGUUGCGGUUUACAGGUUGUCAGUACCCGAGUUGGUGGAAUUCCUGAGGUUCUCCCAGAAAAUCUUAUUAUCUUAUGUGAACCUUCUGUAAAAUCUUUGUGUGAUGGCUUGGAAAAAGCAAUUUCCCAACUGAAAUCAGGAACAUUGCCAGCUCCAGAAAAAAUCCAUAAUCGAGUGAAGACUUUCUAUACUUGGAGGAACGUUGCAGAGAGAACUGAGAAAGUUUAUGACCGCGUGGCAGGUGAGGUUGUACUCUCGAUGGACAAGCGGCUGGACAGGCUAAUAUCUCACUGUGGCCCAGUAACUGGUUACAUUUUUGCCUUGUUUGCGGUGUUCAGCUUCCUCUUCCUUCUCUUCCUGAGGUGGAUAACUCCGGAUUCCACCAUUGACGUUGCAAUAGAUGCCACAGGACCAAAUGGAGCGUGGACUCGACAAUAUUCGGAAAGAAAUUACAGAAUUAAGACUUCAUGUAAGUAUAUUGGUAGAGAAUAUUGUUUGACAAAUAUUUUCAAAUUGCAUGAUGCCUGCAUUCAAUAAGUAUUAAGUAAUUAGUCAGGUUUUCCCCAUGAGUUGACUGCUCCCUAGAGCAGUUUGGUUUUGGUUUCGGGUUUUUUUUUUUUUAAUUCUCUAGUUUGCCAGAGGUCUUCUAUGAUUUCUUCCACCCCAAAAAUUAGAGGCAGAAGACUGUAAGCCCUUUCUAGACUGUAAACUCCUUAUGGUGAGGAAGAAAAAAAAGUCUUGUAACUGUUGUACUCGCCCAAGUGCUUAAUAGAGUGCUCUGCACACAGUAAGUGAUCAAAUACCAUUUGAUAGACUGAAGGUGCAAGAAAAGGGAGAGUACAGCUUUCGUUUUUAGUUAGAAUUAGUAGCUGAGGUGAGGGAGCGAGUUAGAAAGAAUUAAUGGUGGUGGGUAGGCUUGGUUGUCUGGGAUCCGACUUGAUAAGUAAAGAGCUAACUCUUAGUUUGGAAAAGUUAUGGAGGAAGGUUGUUUUUCUCUAAAGUUACUGCUGCUGCCGCUAAAGCCCUCAGUACCCAGUCGCCUGCAGCACCAGUUUCUGGAUUCCCUGGAGAAAGACCCACUUCCCAACGGCCUUUGAGAAACACAACCCUAAACUAAGUUGGACACUUGGGAAAGUGGGAUGUCUCUUUUGGGUCACUAAGUUACUAUUAUAGUUCAGGAGUAACUUACUGAAUAGAACCCCUGGUGUGGAAAGACUGUUUUUCCAAGAGUCCAACUCACUCUUGGGAAAAUCCUGGCACAUUCAGGCUGAACAAAUAUAUUGGUGCUGAACUCACUUGGCUCUUCAGAUGCUUCUCCCUGCAGUUCCCUCUUGUAUUUAAGAUUAUAUUGGAAAGUUUGUGCUAUCGGACCAUUUUAUUUGAAAAACUCAUUCCUUUUUUGAAUACGUCUUUCUCGAAAUGUUAACCGACUUAAAAAAAUGCAGAACCCUAGCGACCGAUAUCACUGUUUUGAGAUGAAUGUAUGCAGGGACACACUUUGCAAGCUUCCAUUUGUUACUCUCUCUGGCUGGUCAGUGCCUCAGAGUUGUAGCUUUUCCCGAGCAGAUUGCACAAGGGAUGACAAAAAUGGUGAUGUCUAACCAUUUAGACGGCAUGUUUAGUUGCAAUCAAUUGUGAUCUAGCUUCCAUUUGAUUAUCUAGGGUCAAGAAUGGCUCGCUAGCCUUUCCCCCUGGAUUUUUGCUUCCCAACAACCCAUUUGGCAGUUUUUCAGGUAAUAGUCACUGUUGAUGGAUCUGGCCAGUAAACCUGUGUACUCAGUAUGAUAUUCUUUGCUUCAGAGCCAUGGGUUUUCUAACCCCAAACAACCUACAUAAUCUCUCAUUAACUGAAUGAAUACCACCUUGAAUUUAUAAGAACUGUCUUCACGUUUCACCGUAAGCCAAAAACUUUCCCGUUUUUUGAAUGAAUCAUUUAAAAUGAAGAGUUGCUGCGCUUGUGCUUAGUCUUAGUUUGUUGUUAUUCAAAUUGUGUAACAUGCAGAACUUUUGGGGGGAACUCAUCAAAGUUGGCUUUAUGCAAGUCUUUUAACUUAGCACCCCUGGUGGGCCCUAAGUUUCAAACCGUAUAUAUUUUCUUUUUUUACUGAAAAUGGUUUAAUCAACAGAAUACUGUUUUAUGAAAUUGAGAAUUUAGGUUUCUCUCAUGUGGACUCAUCUUGAUAAUAAAAAACUAAAAAGUCCUAAAAUGGACUUUGUUGAACUGUGGGGGUUGACAUAUCAGGUACAGUAGGGUCAGUACUGAUGAUUUAAAAAACCGCCAAAAUAUUAAUUUUGUUUCCAUUAAAGUGCACAGUUUAAUUUAUGAUGAAUUCUUUUGCACUUGAGCUUGUUUCUUCAUUUUGGAGAUGCAUGCUUUAAAUACAAAGCUUCAAAAUCUAACAACUCUGACAUUGUUAAAAAAUAUUUUGGAAUUUCAAAAUCUCUUCCAAUGAGUAAUUUAUUUGAAAAUUCAUGAGGACUCAGCUUGCUUGCCGACAUAACUCACAGGUUGCUUAGAUAUUUUAAAAAACAGAUUACUGAUUUUAACUGAAUGCAAUGCCAAGGACUGAUUAAUUUUUAUAUACAGAUAUUUUGUGGUGGUCUUCCUUAGUCUGCAUUUAAAAGCAGAAUUUAUAAAAGGAAACAUCAUUCUUUAGAUAAUGCACCAAUUAAAGCCCUUUUAGGGGCUUAUUGGGGAGAAAAACACCAAGAGGAAGAUCUUAAAAUUAAACUAUUUUAAUGUUUUUACUUUAGUUCUGUUUUCCUAACAGAACCUCCAAUGAAAUACCACAGUAUUAAAAAAAAACACAAAAAAAAACAAAGACACAACUAUCCUUUUAGAUGAUAAUCAGUAAUCUCUUUAAUAACUAUAUACAUUGCCUCAUCCAGCCCCUUAGUGACAUAAAAACAGUAAAAAGGUAGUUUUUCCAUUUGCUAGGGCAGUAGGAGUUUGCAGAGUCCAGACUAGCAGUCGAGUGGAUUUGCAUCGGUCUUCAGAGGUUUGGCAAGGGCCCAAACAUUAGGAAUAAAGUAUCUUCAGAAGCCUGUUAAUUGAAUUCUGGCCACAUUUAAGGUCCCACCCCUGCAAUCACUGAAUCCUGUUAACUUAGUCGAGUGACAACCUGCUGCUGAUCAGAUUAGUAAAAUAUUCCAUGUUGGUGACCUGGUCGCUUCCCAACUCAGCCCUGCCAGGACCGACUGCCUAGGAAGAGCGUAUGGAAAGGUUCCGGCGAAAACUGCAUGCACUUGACUUCUAUCAGGCCCUCCCUCCCAGGGGGAAAGAUUCAAAACACAUUCUGAUCCCCGAAGGCUUCCCUUGCUGGGGUGAGGUUGGUAAAGCACCAGGUAACAACUUUUAUUGCAUAACGACAUGGGAAUUUUGUCCACAUUCCCCCUCCUCGACAUAAACUCUAUGAUUAGAGCUGGCGCAUAUGAGAUUUUCACUGUGAGAUACUUAAAGAGAGGUUCAAACUUAUUUUUUUGAAGUAUUUUAACAAGCCUCCACGGUAUUCAUGUCUCCCAGCAUUGCGAGAGAACGCGGGUAGAUUGAUAUUAAACUGUCUCUGUGGCUAGGAUUUUCCGUAUGCAAUUAUGAAAAUUAAAGUUUUAUUCAAAGAA